AGCCUAUUCUGAUCUAACGCGUAGGUCAGGCGGUGUUAAGAAAAGCCUCUUUGAAGUGUUGAGGAGGCAGAAAAAGUGUGCUCUUCAACCAGGUCGUGAUCGCCUGCCGCCCGUCGCUAUGGCAGCAAGUUCCUCAGACUCAAGCCACUAACGACAGCAAGUUUAUGAUUUAAAGUGUUAAUGGCAUCACCGCCAGUACACUAAGCGCCCCGCGUUUUGUAUACGUUGUAUUUAAGUUUAUUUCGUACGCUUUGGAGACAUCUGCACACGCUUAUUAAACAGCGCGAAUUUUCCUCAUCCGUCAGGUGACGCUCGCGCGCCCUUUCAAUCCGUCUCGCGCUGUCCACGUCCUCGUGAGUCGCGCGCAUCUCUGUGUCGUCAAAAAAAAAGUAGGAAAAAAAUCCUCCAAAAAUGGCGGAAGGCGCGACUCUGAAGGAGAUGCGAGCUCAGAUGGCUGCAGCUGCGCAGGCAGAAGCAGACGAGCGCCGCUCUCAGGCCGCUAGCAGCCCGGUGUCAGCGUCAACGGUGGGAACGCCAGCCGGUGCCAAGCCCCCAGGUGCCCGGCCUGUCCUAGAUGGAGCAUCACUGAAGAUAGACGACAAGCUUAGGGUUGCCAAAGAGCGGAGGGAGGAACAGGAAAGGCAGCAGGCGGCACGCGGAUCGCAGAUCGAGGAAAGGGAGCGCAAGACCAAGUUGCAGUACGAGCGGCAGCUAGAGGAGCGGCAGCGCAAGAUGGGGGAGCAGCGUCAGCGGGAGGAGCAGCGGCGCGUCGCCGUGGAGGAGAAGCGCAGGCAGAAGCUGGAAGAGGAGAAGGAACACUAUGAGGCAGUGGUGAGGCGCACACUUGAACGCAGCCAGCGCCUGGAGCUGAGGCAGAAAAGAUGGUCCUGGGGAGGCGGCCUGACGGCUGACGGCCCCCAGAAAUCUGGUGACUCUGAGGCGGCAGGCCCCGCCCCCCUAGCUAGCAUAGCACCCCCCUCCGAACCCCAGGGCCCCCAGAAGACGCAAGUUGACAAGCGUUCCAGCUCUACUGUGAAUCUAAAGCAGUCUGCAGACUCUGGCAUCAGCAAGCGCUUGUCAUCCUCUUCCGCUGCUCUAAUCAACUCUCCUGACAAGAGUGUUAAACGGCGGAGCUCCUCUCUGAACCGGUUACCUAGCAAUGGUUCCCAAUCAGCAAAGGAAUCCCAGGAACCACUUCUGGGCCCCCCCACAGGCUCCGCCUUGAAGAAAAGAAGCUCCUCCCUCUCUCGGGAUCGGAGCAAAUUGCAGCCCUCCGCCAAGAUAGAAAAAAACACCAAGGCUGAAAAAGAGCGCCGCCCGCUGGACAGUGGGGUCCUCAGCCGCCUGCUCACCCCCACCCAGGCCUCCCUCGCUAGGAGCAAGAGUGCCGCAGUCCUCCUGGCAGAUGGCACAGACCCCCAAGAGCCUCCCUUAUGUGCUCGUUCAGCCUCGGUCAGCCCCAUGCCCCGAGGCCCAAUCCGGAGCCGCAGUGUCGACCGCCAGAAGGGUCCCCCCACAUCCACACCCUUGGACACGACGCCUGACAGCACAAAGAAAGUCCAAAAGCAGACCCCGCCUUCCGGAGGGGGUCGGCCCCCCUCGCCAUCGCCCUCUCGCAGCCUAAGCAGGCGGCGUUCUCCUUCCCCCGUGGCCAUGGCGUCCGCUGCUGCCAGGAGAAGCCCCUCCCCAGUCGUGUCCAGGCAGAACCCCAGCCCCCCCUCCCCCCUCAGAGCCGCACAGGGCCUACCUUCCCCGCAGCUCACCUCCAAACCAGCCCCCAUCCAACGGCCCCCCCUCACGCCCGUUGGGCCUCCCACCCUUCGCAAGAGGGACUCGAAGCCAAAGGAGACCCCCCCAAAGCAGCCCAUCGCCGUCAAGUCGCCCGAGCCCCCAGCCACCGGCGGGACCCCCAGCGCCAAGACCAAAGAUGACCCCAACUCCAAGGCAGUGGGAGGCACCACGUCAGCAGAGGAGGCGGCGAAGAUCCUGUCUGAGAACCGGCGUCUGGCCCGGGAGCAGAAGGAGAAGGAGGAGCAGCUACGGCUGCAAAGAGAGCAGGAGGAGAGGAGGUUGCAGGAAGAGCAGGAGGCGCGGAGGGUCGAGGAGGAGCGGGUGAGGCGACUGGAGGAGGAGCAGAAGAGAGAGGAAGAGAGGAAGAGGCAGGAGGAGCAGGAGAAGGAGUGGAAGAGAACGGAAGAAGAGCGCCUCCUGAUGGAGCAGCAAGAGAAGGAAAGGCUGGAGGAGGAGGAUCGUGAGAAGCAGUUAGAGAUGCAGAAGGAGCGCGAAGAGGCGGAGGCCCGGGCCCUGGAGGAGGCGGAGAAGCAGCGGCAGGAGAGGGAGAGAGUGAUGCAGCAGAGUCAACAGGAGCGCAUGGAGAGGAAGAAGCGGAUCGAAGAAAUCAUGAAGCGGACCAGGAAAGCUGACCAAAAUGAUAAGAGGGAGGAGGAGGAGGAGGAGAAGGUCCUGCAGAAUGAGAACGGGGAGGAGGAGUGCGAGCAUGUCUGUGAACAGAGCCAGACACCGUCGACAGAGCGGGACAUCCCUCAGGAGGUGGGUUCUCCUGGAAGUGUCAACGGGGUGCUGGAGCUGGAGAACAAGGAGAACCAGGAGCAGCAGGAGGUGCUUGGUCUGGCACCCAAGACUCGUCCAACCGAGGGCCCCAACUUCCUGAACGGCAAGGCCGCCACUUGGACCUUUGAGGAGUUUAUCGACCUGGGCAUGAACGAUGGCCAGAGCCAGAACCUCGUGGACCCCGAAGGGGGGCCCCAAGCCCCCCGGGCCGCCUUUGAGGACAAACCCCUGCAUCAGGGCCAGGCCAUUGGAGCCCUCUCUGAGAUAUGAUGCUGUCGCCCCAGCCUUCGAUCCUCUGGCCCUCCCAGAUCUGCUGGCACCCCCACCGCCCCAGAUGGAAAAGGGCAAGCGUGGAAGAGGCCUGGAUUCAGCAGGCUGGCAUCCUAAUUCCUCACCAGUGUGGGGGGGGGGGCAAAUGUAGAAGAGGAACAAAAUUGCUUCAGGGAAAAGGUUGUUUUGUCAGUAUGCGUCCUUCAUCUAGGUCUGUCACUUGCAAAUGCAAACUUGGUUUUGUAUUUAUUUUUAUUCUGAUUUUUUUUUUUUUUGCGGUUAUAAAUCUUGGGUCCAGAUUUUCUCUCCCCAUUGCAACCUUCAGUUUUGUUCCUCUCGUCUCAUUGGCUGUCGGGUUCUGCAACGCUGCUGACCUCCAUGCCUCGACUAAGACUUUCUUCCAGCAUUGCUGCGACUGGCUGACUGUGACUGGGGCUUCUAUGACCAAAGUGAUAAAGCGCUGGAGAGAGACAUGGUUACCAAGGUUACUGUAAAGGGGGGGGGGGUGAUAUUGGGGUCGGUGAAAGUGGGGCACUAGGCAACCCCAGCAUCCUAUUGUCCACACAGGUUUGCAAAGUGCCACUGUGACUUUCUGACCUCCUCUGUAAUCUCUGCUCAUAAAUCUCAAGGGUUCGGUGUUAGGUAAGCUCAACUCUGCCUCAUCCAUUUGUAAUGUUUCUUGAAGGUAGUUACUCUGUGUGAGUGCUUGUGUGGAUACCUUACAGGGUUAGGCUCCACUGAGCCAGCAGAUUUUUUUUUCUCCCCAGGUUCUUCAAGUGAUCAGAAACCCAUUUCUUGACCAGGGUAGAGAUGGCAAGUCACUCGGUCAAAACAUUUCAGCUUUUUUUUUUGUCCGCAAGGGUCGUUUGCCUCCGGAAAUAAUUUCUAUGAUAACUUUACUGUGGCUGUUUUUAUUAAAGAUAUGUAUUUCAGAAUGUAAAAAUGGACUUUAUUAACUUUAGUUCAUACUUUUUUUCUGUAAAACUUUCCUUUGCUGCUUGUAUUUUUCUUGUAUAAAUGUUUAACGUUAUUUAAAAAAAACACUUAAAACGCACGUGACCUGGUAUUUCCCAAAACCGGAUUAAUGCCAGCACCCAUUGACAUGUAACAGACACGAGGUGAGCUCCAUGUUUAUCUGGUGGCAGUGGCCGUCUGGGGGACAUUUUAGGCAGCAAAUGUCGCAUGUGUUUCCUUCACUAAUUCUUAUACUGCCACCUGCUGGACACCUUUAUUGUGCAUGUUUUGGGUCAGCUUCUUAUUUACUCUGGGAUCUUCUGUCUGCAGAAAUGUGCUUUUAAAUCAAACAAAAAAAAACAAACUUGAUUUCCGACAUUAGUGCUUAGGUUUAUAUGUUGCUGCAUUGUGCAUUAGGUAUGUGUGAAAGGAUGUUCCCGUCUUGUUACUGUAUGACCCACAAAAUCAGUAUUGGGCAUCAUUGAGCCCUCGGCAAAACGGGGAAAGGAGGGAGGGGGGUGGCCAUGACUUUGAGCGGGAAGUGCGACGGUCCUCCUGCUAUUGGUUCUCGGGAGAAGGUCGAUUUCCAGGCAUUCUGGUCUUCAGAAAACCACCUCCUGAGAGUUACGUCGGUCGUCGGUCCUUGGGCGUUCAGUACUGUUACAUUUGGAUCACUGCAGAUGCUUCCUCCCACUGCAUUUUACCUGGUCUGUGUUGAUCACAUGGAUAAGAAAGUAAGUCCUGAGGACUUGGAAAUUGCAAAUCGCAUUUUGAGACCUUUUUAAAAAAAGGGGGGGGGGCAGGGGGUUUUACAGGUAAUGGAAGUCAGGGGUUCAGUGAGAUCUGAAGCAAGCACAGAUGUUCAGUUGUUCUAGCCUGUUGACGGUGAGUAGUGCUGUUGUUUUUUUGCUAUGUUGGGGUGUAAGAUUGAGUUUCUGUGAGGAACACUGAAGAAUGCCUUGUUAGUUUCAUUCCCCUUCUUUCCAUUAGUUUGUCUCUUUCUGGCGCCUAACCCUAACCCUUCUUAAGACUUGGCCCUCAAAAUCGCACUGUGCUGAGAUGGCCCAGGUAGACGCUCUUUCUGCAUGGUUCUUGCUUCAGGGUGCAGGACAUGCUACCCAUGCUUCAGUGGCCUUCGGUGAGGAGCACGUUCUUCAUGGUCAUAUGGUGGUUGUGAUGGUGGUAGUUUUGAGCAGUACUCUAGGACUGUAACGGUUCUCUCUUCCACAGUCCUAUUAACCAAAUCCCUUAUACGUCUGCUAUGACAAUCGCCGCCUCAACAGGGGAAUGAGUAAGAUGUCAGUGUCAUAUUCGUUCAAACGCCCGACCCAUAACCAAUAUCUGUAAAUAUCUUUUAGAAAUAUAUAAAAGUAAUAAUUGUUAUAAAGUUGUGGAACAAUAAAAUUAUUUAACAGAU